UUCACAUACGUUUACUUUCAGUGUAUUUUUUGGUGCCGUUUGAGGUAGUCGGUAGAAUUAAAAUAUAAAGUUAGUCUCAUACUCGUAGAAGAAUUUAACGGAAGCAAACUGCCACUUGGGGAAAUAAUAAUUAUAAUCUUCUUAAUGAAGCAUAUUAUUUAAACAAGUGUAUAGCGGGAUACAAAAUGGUGAGAUCCGUUGCAAUCAUAACUAUCAGCGAUAGCUGUUUCAAGGACAACUCUAAAGAUACAUCGGGACCAAUUCUAUUAGAAAUCAUUAACAAGAAGUUUCCCGAAGCAAACAUUCACUCAAUAAUUGUGCCCGACGAGAAGGAAAUAAUCGAGAGGGAACUAAAAUACUUUAGCAGAUCAAACAUUGAUUUGGUGCUAACCACAGGAGGUACGGGCUUGAGUCCUAGAGAUGUGACACCUGAAGCCACAAAAGCUGUUAUACAGAGGGAGGUGCCAGCAAUACCAGUAGCUAUGACCAUGUCUAGCUUACAAAAGACACCCAUGGCCAUGCUAUCCAGAGCGGUAGCGGGCAUCAGGGACAAAACUCUCAUCAUUAACUUCCCCGGUAGUAAGAAAGCUGUAGUGGAGUGCUAUGAUGUAGUCAGCUCUGUUUUGUCUCAUGCUAUAACAUUAAUAAAUAAUGAGCUAGAGGAAGUGAGAAAUGUCCAUGACAAAAUGCAGUCUAAUCAUGUCUGUCCCCAUAACAAAGUGAGCAAUGUAGACAUAUCGAAGGUGGCUCUCAGACCCAGAGAAUCCCCGUUCCCAAUGCUGGAAAUGCCCGAAGCCUUCAAUAUAGUAGAUGCUGUUAUGUUGCAGUGGGUGGAGGGGAUAGAAAUUUUACCAUUAUAUGAGUGUAUAGGCAGGGUGGUGGCUCAAGAUCUCAUAUCCAAGGAGCCUAUGCCACCGUUUCCGGCUUCUGUGAAGGAUGGUUACGCGUGUCUAAGCUACGAUGGUGCGGGCGUACGUACGGUGCGUGCCGCCGUAACUGCGGGCGAGACGCCGGCCACGCCCCUUGCGACGGGCGAGUGCGCGCGCGUCAACACCGGCGCGCCAAUACCGCUCGGCGCUGAUUGUGUUGUUCAGGUGGAGGACACUAAGCUGAUCAAGGCGUCAGAAGACCACCAGACGGAGUUGGAGGUGGAGAUACUGGUGGCGCCGCAGCCGCACCAGGACGUGCGGCCUAUUGGACAAGAUAUACCAUCCGGCUCGCUUAUUGUUAAAAAGGGCGAUGUAAUCAGCGCGGCGCAAAUCGGCAUUCUGGCGGGAGCAGGCUACAAGGAAGUUCCCGUGCUGACAUACCCCAAGGUGGGUGUAAUGUCAACGGGCAACGAGCUCCAGGAGCCCACGGACAGCAACCUGCGACCUUCCCACAUCCGAGACUCCAACCGCACUAUGCUGAAGGCGUUGUUGAAUGAGCACGGGUACUCGAGCGUGGACUGCGGUAUAGCGCGCGAUGAGCCGGGCGAGCUGGCACGCGCGCUAGCGGCGGCGCUGGCGCGAGUCGACUUGCUCGUGUGCACCGGCGGCGUGUCUAUGGGCGAGCGAGACCUGCUCAAGCCUGUGCUCAUUAAUGACUUCAAUGCUACAAUUCAUUUCGGCCGAGUGCGAAUGAAGCCGGGCAAGCCUAGUACUUUCGCCACUUGUCAAGUUAGAGGCAAAACCAAGUUCAUAUUCGCUCUACCUGGUAACCCGGUAUCAGCGUACGUGUGCGGCCAGCUGUUCGCGGUGCGCGCACUACGGGCAUGUACGAGGCGCACGGGCGGGUUCGCACGCAUGGGCGUACGCCUCGAGCGUGCACAUAGACUCGACCCGAGACCGGAGUACGCGCGAGCUCAGCUACAAUUUCCAGCGUUGGAUGAGCUGCCCGUAGCAACUAUGUUGGGCAACCAGUGUAGCAGCAGGCUGUUGAGUGCUUGCGGUGCGAGUGUGCUGCUGGAGCUGCCGGGCGCCACCGAAGACGUCAAGGAGUUGGCCGCUGGGACGAUUGUACCCGCCCUCAUUAUUGGCAGAAUAGACAACCUAAGUACUUUAUAAUAAUAAUAAAAAAAUCUUU